AUGGGAACUCCAAGGCCAUUUAUGAGUACAAGCGCCGCGACGAGCGCAAGAUUUGCUGAAGAGGAUAGACCGAACACAUUUGAAACUGAAGCACCAUGUACUUCCGCCGCUAGAGUUGAUGAAGAAAUACUGUUGGAUAGACCAGUUGAGACUAUAACUGAACCUGUUUCCCCCGGUACACCACAUGUAGUGACAUCGUCAGAUGGUGAUGAUAUUUUUGAGGAGCCAAAAUCAGGGAUGGAGUUCAAUUCGUUUGAAGAUCUGUUGAGCUAUUAUAAGCAGUAUGCAAAAAGAUGUGGGUUUGGGGUGAUGACACAAAGGAGUGAGAGGUCUAAUGAUCACGGUGUGAGAUAUGUUACUCUUGGUUGUGCACGGGGAGGGAAGGCCCAGAUUAAGAGUUCUAAUCCUGCAAACCCACGUCCGACGGGAAAGACGGAUUGUAAGGCCCGGAUUAAUGCACUAAGAAUUGAGGGGAAGAUGCGGUUGACAACAGUGAAUAAUACACAUAAUCAUGUAAUCAGCCCUCAGAAAUCCCGCUUCUUUCGAUGCAAUAGAGCAGUUAGUGAAACCGUUAAAAGUGUCCUAGACACAAAUAAUUUAGCUGGCAUCCGAAUGAACAAGAGUUAUGGAUCUCUUGUGGUUGGCGCAGGUGGCUUUGAGAACCUCCCUUUUUUGGAAAAGGAUUGUCGCAAUUACAUCGACAAAGCCCGUCAUCUGCGACUUGGUGCAGCUUCAAAGGCAAUUAUCACCGAUCAAGACAGAGCAAUGAAAAAUGCAAUUGCUAUUGUCUUUCCUGAAAGUCGACAUAGAUUUUGCCUUUGGCAUAUACUUAAAAAAGUCCUCGAGAAGUUUGGAUCGUAUGCCACCUAUAGAAGUGGGCUGAAAAUCGAGCUGAUGAAAUGUGUGUACAACACACAAACUAUUCAGGAGUUUGAAAACUGUUGGGCCGGUUUUAUUAACACAUACGACUUACAUGAGAAUGCAUGGUUGACAAGUUUAUACAAUGAGCGUGAGCAUUGGGUACCGGUUUUCCUAAAAGAGCACUUUUGGGCUGGAAUGAGUACAACACAGCGAAGCGAGAGUAUGAAUGCUUUUUUUGACGGUUACAUCCAUGCGAAGACCAACUUGAAGGAGUUUGUCGACCAGUUUGACAAUGCAUUGAAGAAGAAAAUUGAAAAUGAAAAUCAAGCGGAAUUCCAGUCAUUUAACGGCACCAUUCCUUGCAUAUCUAGAUCCCCAAUUGAGAAGAAAUUUCAAUCCUUGUACACCAAUGCUAAAUUUAAGGAAGUUCAACAGCAAGUCAUUGGCAUGCUUGAUUUGGAAAUUAAGCUACACAGGUCUGAUGGCGUAACUAGCACUUAUGUAUUAGAGGAUGAAGUUCGUAUUCAGGAGUUCACAAAACAGUACAUUUUGGACCGAUGGAGGAAGGACAUCAAGAGGAGAUACACGUCAAUCCGAAGUAGCUACGAUGCAGGAGAUCAGAGGCCAAAUGGUAAUAGACACACAAUUCUUCUGAAUAUGUGCUACGAGAUGAUAGAUUAUGCUGUGGAUUCUAAUGAGCAAUUUGAAGAUGCAAAGAAGAGGAUAAAUGAGAUGACUGGAUUAUAUCGUCAAUACCAAUGCCCCUUGUCUAUGGCCGAGACAGGUUCGGAACCUGUAUUUACGACACAGGAUACUGCAGUUGGUAGUUCACAACAAGUGAAAAGUCCACGUAUUGUCAGAGGGAAGGGAAGACCCCCCUCUCUUAGAAGAGCAUCUAGGAUGGAGAUAGACAUGUGGAAGGUUAAAGCCAAACAAGCCAAACAACAAGUUGGAGGAAAACGCAAACAGCGAGAUGAGAGAGAGACAUCUUCCAUGGGAACGUGUAUGAAUUUAUUUCAUGACGGAGAUAUUGCAGCCCUGGACACGCGCAAGAAUUUAUUUGGGCCAUCGGAAGUAGAUAUUUGUGUCAAUCCUGGACAAGUGCAGGGAGUUCGAGACAGCUCACCUUUUAACAGUAGUGGACCCACCCAAUCUCAUCCCAUUAUUGAUAGUCAAGAAAGUAUAUUUUAUGAUUGGAUGGCACACAACCAGAACUCUUUGGGUGGAGAUGGGUCACAAGAAUAG